UGUGUUUACGCCGUUCUGAAGUAUGGUUCCGACACUAUAUGACCAGCUAAUGUUCGCGUUAAAAAGGAAUUUAGUUUCGUUUUACAGACCGCGACUUGCUUCAUGUGCUCCUGUCGCGGUGUAGAUUUUGAUACAGAUUAUAUCUGUUAGUCGGUUUUGAUAGCUGGCAUGUGAAUAAAUCGCGUUUGCCAACUAGCUGCUAGCUAACGUUGCCUCACCGUGCUAAUCUCCUUAAUCCCAACCCACCCCCCCACCACCACCUUUUUCAUUACUUUUUUAAACCACUGGGCAUUUCACCAACAAGUUGUGAAUGACAUAUGGCUAAAAUGGGCUGCAACUAAUGAUCCCUGAAGGUUUACUGUAUAACCGAAUAACCUACCUGGAAGAUUUGGCGUUAUACCAUACCAUUUGCCCUGGAGAUUACACAACAGUAGUGAAUGAAAAUGGAAAUCUACUUAAAUCGAGUUGAUUACAUGCAGGUUGGUGUGACAUCCCAGAAAACUAUGAGGCUGCUUCCAGCGCUGGGGAAAAAGGCAACCCAAAAGGUUGCUAUUGCUGAUCACAAUGGCAUAGUGACCUGUUUUGGAAUGAAGAAGGGAGAGGCAGUGCCUGUCUUCAAAACUCUCCCAGGGCAAAAGAUAGUCAGAAUGGACCUGGGAGGAACUGUGGGAACUCCACAGGAGAAGAUCUUUGUCUGUUGUGGUUCUCAGGUCCGAGGAUUCACCAAGAAAGGCAAACAGUUCCUCACAUUUGAAGCCAAUCUCACUGAGACUAUAAAUGCCAUGCAUGUCUCAGGCACUGACCUUUUUGUGUGUGCCAGUUAUAUCUACAACCACUACUGUGACUGCAAGGAUCAGGACUAUUACCUUUCUGGAGACAAAAUCAAUGAUAUCACAUGCUUGUCCUCAGAGAAUCUGACUCGCCUCAUCCCGGUCCUGGCAUGCCAAGAUCGGGUUCUCAGAGUCUUGCAGGGAUCUGAGCUUGCCUAUGAAAUUGAAGUCCCUGGCCCUCCAUCUGUCCUGGAACUGUACAACAAAGAUGAAGAAGAGGAAAUCCUGUAUGGAACUACAGAUGGAAAAAUAGGAUUAGUCCAGAUCGGUGAACACUCAGCUGCGACCAAAUGGGAGAUGGACAAUGACAAAAAGAAAGGAGGAAUUCUUUGCAUUGACACAUAUGACAUUAUUGGAGACGGAGUGAAUGACAUCCUUGUGGGCAGGGAUGAUGGCACAAUUGAAGUCUAUGGUUUUGACAGCAACAGUGAGCCCACAUUACGCUUUGAGCAUGUGUUGUCAGAAAGCGUAACCUCCAUCCAGGGUGGCUGCGUGGGCAAAGAGUCUUAUGAUGAGGUUUUGACUGCCACAUAUACAGGAUGGGUCACUGGUUUAACCACUGAGCCCCAGAAGGCUGAGGCUGGCCAUGGAGAUGUGGUCAGGAUGAGUAAGGAGAUACAGUCCAAAGUAGAGGCACUCAGGACGGAGCUGGAGCAGCUGCAGCUCAAAGUGAUGCAAGGGCGUGAGAAGUACCAGCAGAACGCCCAGUCAAGCACAGCUGUCUCUGCUGUGCCUAUCUUCAGCAUCAAUGACAAGUUCACUCUCUGCCAGGACGAUGCAAGCUACAGCCUCACCCUAGAGGUGCAGACUGCCAUUGAUCAUCUGCUGCUCCAGAGUGAUGUUCCAAUAGACCUGCUGGAUGUGGAUAAGAACUCAGCUGUUGUUAGUUUUAGUGAAUGUGACUCAGAGCAGCCUAAUGGGAACUUCCUCCUGGCCACAUACAGAUGUCAAGCCAACACUACCAGACUUGAGCUCAAGGUGAGGUCUAUUGAGGGACAGUAUGGGACCCUGCAGGCUUACAUUACUCCCAGACUCCAGCCCAAGACCUGCCAGGUCCGCCAGUACCAAAUCAAACCUCUGUCACUUCACCAGCGGACUCACAGCAUAGACCAAGACAGGCCCAUGAACAGACUCAGUCUAGUGGGACAGUUCAGCUUUGCAGAGAUCCACUCCUGGGUGGUCUUCUGUUUGCCUGAGGUACCUGAGAAGACGCCAGCAGGAGACUGCAUCACUUUCUGUUUCCAGAACACUUUCCUUGGCACACAACUUGAAAGCACCUACUGCAAAGGAGAGGUUCACUUCAGGUCUGACAACAUCUCUACCAUCUCCAUAUUGAGUGAUGUCCUCUCUAAAGAAGCUACCAAGAAGAAAAUCAAUCUGAAUAUUUCAUAUGAUAUUAACGACAACUCCGUGAGCCACACCCUUAAGAUGAUCCACCCGAAGCUGGAGUACCAGUUACUCCUGGCUAGAAAAGUUCAGCUUAUUGAUGCACUUAAAGAGCUUCAGGUUCAUGAGGGAAAUGCUGACUUCCUUAUCCCAGAGUAUCGCAGCAUCUUGGAUGAAUCUGCUAAUCUCCUUGAAGAGUACAAGAAGCAGCCAGCGCACCUUGAGAGGCUUUACGGAAUGAUCACAGACCUCUUCAUUGACAAGUUUAAGUUCAAAGGCCAGAAUGUGAAAGCCAAGGUGUCCUCAUUGUUGGAGAUACUGGAUAACUAUGACUUAAAUUCACUGUUGGAAUUUUUCUGUGAGGCAUGAUGGAUCAUGUAGAUGAGAAGGUAUUUAUUUACUUGUCUUUGAGGGUCUUUAUUUUUGAGAGUCUUCUAUUUGUUUGUAUUGUAAACAUUAUUAGAACUCAACUGUCAUACUGUAAUUUAGGUACAGUUUGUCCUAAUUAUGAUAUAAAAUAUUAAAAUUUUUUAAUAGCUUUUGAUAUUAUCUAUAACAACGGUGGUGAUUAAUAAACUACUACAAAGCUGCCAGUGUGUUGCAGGUUACUUUUUUAUUUGUUGCUGAUGUUUGAAACUUAUGUGACCAAAUAUAAGCCAGUUAAAAGCACAUUGAAUGUAUAUAGGUUUUUGUAUAACAUUACAUACAGGCUAUCAUAGGACUGUAAGUUCCCCCCUUUGAAAUAAAUAUCAGAUCUUAUUUAUAACCGUUGUAGGAUUCAUUGUUCAUAUGUUGCAGGUAUGUUCACUGCACCUUAAUCCUGCAAUAAGUAAUAUUUUUAAUACUUUAUUAUUUUGCAGCUAAUAUGU